CGAGGUUGAGGUGGGGAUCGGGGACGGGAGGAUGGUGAUUCCGGAGGGGCAGGUGCGGGAUCCAAAUGUGCACAUUCCUCGUCUGUUUGCUUUGCAAUGUGACCCCGUGUCGCCGCAGUUUUAGCAGUCGCAAUCUUCGUGGGCCCGCUUCUCUCCCGUCUGCACGUAAGUUUCCUCCCCUGGGGCUGUUGGUCAUCGCAAUUGCUGUCGUCGCGGUUCAGUGCAACUUCGCCAUAUCUUCAGUUGUGCCAGUGAAUUUGUCUCGGUUUCUUGCCCUGACCAGCGAUUGAUAUCGAAAAAAGUGAAAGUACUUCAGCCCCUCCUGCUGCGUCUUCCUUUCUUCUGUGAAAUCGAGAAGGCUUGGAGUGCAAGGUUAUGAAAGCGUGACAAGCGGGAAUCUUUUUGCCUCUAGACAGGCAAUGUGGAAGGUUGCAGUGCGCCAGCUUGCUCGAAAUCAGCGUCAGCGCAGUGACUUGGGCUCAUACGAACGUGGUCUCUUGAAAUUCUUUUCCAGCGGGAGAGAAAGUUGUUCGAUUACUGCCACAGGACCGGACUUGGCCACGAGAAGCGCGACGUUUGUGACUGCCACAUGGGGCAUCCUCCCCAAAAGUGUCGAUGUGCUGCCAAGUCCCUUAGCAGUUAAAAGGGAUGGCUUCAUCAAUCAUGAAUUUUCCACAUGGUCUAGGGUGUCACAGAUGUGCAUGUCCACUGCAGCCGUUGAAGAUUCGGAAUCAUCAAAUGAAGGAAUCGUCAUCACUGAGAGCUGUGUCAAGAGACUGAGAGAAAUUCAGCAAGAAGAAGGACCUGACGGUCAAAAGAAGAUGCUGCGGUUGAGUGUUGAUGGUGGCGGUUGUUCAGGUUUCCUUUACAAUUUUAGCCUCGACGACAGCCUGAAGCCUGAUGACAGGUUGUUUGAGAAGGAUGGCGCAAAAGUUGUGGUGGAUGAAGUGUCACUGUCUUUUGUAAAAGGGGCAGUUGUGGAUUUUUCGGAAGAAUUAAUACGAGCUUCUUUUACGGUGGCAUCAAAUCCGAAUGCUGAAAGUGGUUGCGGGUGUGGGGCAUCUUUCACAGCAAAAUAGCCACAACCUGUUUUGCAGUGCGAUCAAACUUAUUUAUACAGGAGUAAGAUGUAGAGACGGAUUGCGCCUAAUUAUGCUCCUCUACACUGAAGCGAGGUUUCUGAGCUGGCGAGAAGAGCACAAAUUUGCAGACCUUGUAGAUUACAUACAUCUCCACGUCAGUAACAUUUUGCAUUCUACCAUUUGAACCAUUUCUUUAAUUGCUUAUGACCUAAGGUCAUCAGUGUAAAGUGUACAGCCACUUAAGUGAGCUUGGGUCCGCUCACAUUCGGACUUUUCUGCUAGAU